AUGGGCGCCACCAACUUGUCGCCCAGCCCAUGGCGACCCCCAGUCCUGGGGCUCCUCUUGGCGCUCGGCCUGCCAUUGCUGACCGCCUGCUGGGACCGAAAUCUGGGAACAACAAAUAGCACUACUUCACCCACAGACCCCAGCUCCGAUGGAGGCCUGUCACAGGCGGCGGUCACCGCCAUCAUCGUGGUCUUCUCCAUUCUGGGUGCCCUACUCCUGGCUGUGGGGCUGGCCUUGCUCAUCCGGAAACUUCGAGAGAAGCGGCAGACAGAAGGCACCUACCGACCCAGCAGCGAGGAGCAGUUCUCCCACGCAGCAGCGGAGGCCCGGGUCCCCCAAGAUUCCAAGGAGCCGGUGCGGGGCUGCCUACCCAUCUAGCUCCCUAACCCUGUCAUCCACCUCCCUUCUUUGCUGUGACCUUGGGGCAAGGCAGCACCCUUUGGGGGCGAUCAGACUCACCCAGUGUUUUAAGACUAGAAGGUUCUUCAAAAACUUUGCCCUUGAGGGUAAGGGAAAGUGGGAGCCUCUCACUUUUUAUAUAUUUAUGUGAAAUUGAUAGUGGGGUAUAAUAAAGCUUUUAUCUGA